AUGGACCGCUCGAACCCCGAGCCCGUCUUCGCCUUCAUCUUCGGCUCGUUCGCGUUGGUCCUCUUCAUGGCGUGGUUCCAUCGCUCUCGAAGAGCGCUCUUCCCUGCCACCGGGUCGCCACAGGCUCCUCGUCCCGAGCCGGAAGCCGCGCCCUCCUUCGUCCGGACGUGGGGCGGAGGGCAGAACGGGGACAUGUGCCGUGAGCAGAAGCCGCCUGAGUUCCUGGAGGAGGCACGAGCAACCCAGACGUCGUCGUUGCCGUUCAACUUUGGAGUGGCGGUCGAGUAG